AUGUCACUGUGGGUACAGGUGGAUGAAAAGAUUGUGCUCUCCUGCCCUCCUGUCCCAUGGACAAUGGACUUCAUCAUGGUGACUUGGAAGAUAACCCUCAGAGACCAAACUAACUGCCUGAGAGCCUACAGGAGAGAUAGAAAUGAGACAGCAGAUACCAACUGUACUGAUAUGGGAGUAACCUGGGCCACCAGACCUGACCAGAAUCCUGCCCUUCUGAUUGGCCCAGUGACCAUCAUGCAUGAGGGGACUUACAACUGUGAAAUGGUAACAACUAAAGGGAGUUUCCAACAUGACUAUCACCUUCAUGUGUCUGUGCCCCUUGAGGUGAGCAUAUUUCUAAUUGAUACUAGAACUGUGGUAUGCAAGGCAGUUUCAGGGAAGCCAGCUGCAUGGAUCUCUUGGACCCCAGAGGGGAAGUGUGUCACUGAACAAGAAAAUCAGAGGAAUGGUGACGUGAUUGUCCAGAGUUCAUGCUACUGGGAGGAGGACAAUGUGUCUACUGUGACCUGCUCUGUCUCCCACUGGACUGGGAACAAGAGUCUGUCCCUAGAACUAUAUUCAGGUCACAGAGCCCCAGGAUUUCUGGAGUCGCCUUUCCUGGUCAUUCUCUUUGUGAAACUAUCUCUUCUUUUGGUUCUUCUGGUCAUCGUGGGAAUCCUUUUCUUCCAGGGGACAUCAUGGGAUUAA